CAAUGCAUCAUACAAGAGGUGCCAAAUGCAAUGUUUAUCCAUACUUGAACCUUUUCUUUUUCCUUCCUUUCCUUUGCAAGCAUAUCAGCACCGACAAAAACCAAAAACAUGAAGGAAGACUUUCCUCCACUAUCAAACUCCAGCAAUGGCAUUACCUCAUCCAAGAACAAGAACAAGAAAAGGCUCUUCUUGGGUCUUUUUGCCUCAGUCCUUCUGGUUACAGCCGUUAUUAGCAUCAUUGCUGGUGUAGCCUCAAGAAGAAAGAGCUCAGCCAACGCCAUCAUUGAGCAUGACCAUCAAGCAGCUCAUGCCAUUCUGAAAUCAUCCUGCAGUGCCACAUUGUACCCUGACCUAUGCUUCUCAGCAAUCUCAACUCUACCUGAUGCUUCCAGCAAGAUAAAGAACACCAAGGAUGUAAUCGAUUUGUCACUGAAUCUAAGCAAGACUUCUGUCGAACGAACUUAUCUCAAGAUCAAGAAACUCACUUUUAGGCAGAGUAACUUCACAAAGCGCGAAAAGACUGCCCUCAGUGAUUGUCUAGAAAUGCUGAACGAAACUUUAGAUGAGAUUAAGAAGGCUUUGCAGGACCUCCGAAGCUAUCCAUCUUUGAAAAAGUCCUUAGCGGAACACGCUGAUGACCUCAAGAUACUGCUCAGUGCUGCAAUGACUAACCAAGAAACUUGCGUUGAAGGUUUCUAUUAUGAAAAAGCAGAUGAAAAGGUUCGUAAAUUAUUUUUAAGUGAUGAAAAGCAUGCGCAUCACCUGUGUAGCAAUACCUUGGCCAUGAUCAAGAACAUGACUGACGCAGAUAUGGCUAAGGAGAAGCAUUUGGCAUCAUCAUCAUCAGGGAGGAAGCUAGAAGAGGAGAAUGGAAUAGAAUGGCCACAGUGGAUGUCGGCUGGGGACCGUAGGCUGCUGCAGGCCAGAGAUGUAACUCCCAAUGUUGUUGUGGCAGCUGAUGGGAGUGGAAACUACCAGACCGUAGGGGAGGCGGUGGCAGCUGCACCAGCGGGCAGUAGUUCGAGGUACAUUAUAAGAAUUAAAGCAGGGGCUUACAGAGAAAAUGUGGAAGUGCCAAGUAGAAAGACUAACAUCAUGUUUGUGGGUGAUGGGAGGACGACCACCGUCAUCACUGGUAAUAGGAACGUCGUUGAUGGCAGCACCACAUUCAGGUCUGCAACUGUUGCUGUAGUUGGGGAUGGAUUCAUGGCCAGGGAUAUAACCUUUCAAAACACUGCUGGACCAUCCAAGCACCAAGCUGUUGCAUUGCGUGUGGGAUCAGACCAAUCAGCAUUUUAUAGAUGUGAUAUGCUUGCUUACCAAGACACACUCUAUGUACAUACACUUCGCCAAUUCUAUGUCAGCUGCAUAAUUGUCGGCUCUGUCGAUUUCAUAUUUGGAAAUGCUGCAGCAGUCUUCCAAAACUGCGACAUCCAUGCCCGCCGCCCCAAUCCAGGCCAAAGGAAUAUGGUCACAGCUCAAGGACGGGAAGACCCUAAUCAGAACACGGGCAUAGCGAUCCAAAAUUGCAGGAUUGGUGCAACUCAGGAUUUACAAGCUGCAAAAGGCAGUUUUCAAUCUUAUUUAGGUAGACCCUGGAAGCAAUACUCCAGGACUGUCAUAAUGCGAACUGAUAUAAGUGAUAUUAUUAACCCAGCAGGAUGGCAUGAGUGGGAUGGAGAUUUUGCUCUUGACACAUUGUUCUAUAGAGAGUAUCAAAAUACUGGAGCAGGUGCUAACACUGCAAAUAGGGUGACUUGGAAGGGGUUCAAGGUGAUGACUAGUGCAUCCGAGGCACUGCCAUUUACUGCAGAAAAUUUCGUUGGUGGAAGUAAGUGGUUACCUUCCACUGGUUUUCCUUACUUACUUGGUCUAUAAAUUCAUAGCUGAAUAUGCUUCUGUUUAACAUAAGAUAAAAGCAUGGUGAUCUAUUCUCUAUCUCGUGUAAGUUAUCUGUAAUGAAUAAGGAUUUAGACCAAGAAGAAAUUUAUUACUUAAUUUA